CUUCCUUCUGUUCGAGAUCCCAUGAUGCGAAUUUGUUAACCAUUAAUUUCUUUUCGCCAGCAAUGCACUUCAGAGCGUUCUCCAAUCAAAGGAUGAACUCGAAAUCAACGAGAAUGACUUGCGCUGCCGCUAAGUCAGCGAGAAAGUCAAAGCCAGAGUAGGCGUACGCUAUUAUAAAAAAGGAAUUGAAAGCGUAUACCGUUAUACGCGUUUGUAUGAGAAGGGGAGAAUGUCAAGUAGUAGAAAGCUUGUAAAAAGUACGCCUUGCAUUAUUAAAAUUCCUUUCGUGCGCAGUCAAGAGGAAAACAUGACACAAAUUGCGGAACUCAAACCCCACAAUACGAAGCGCUACCGAAAUCAGCAACAACAACAAAGACAAUAGCAGCAACAGCUAAAGCAGCAACACGGACGGCAGCAACUUUUAAAUACAGCAACCGAGACCAAAAAAAAACCAACAACAAAGUAAUAGCAAAAAGGCAGGCCGAACUGCGCUCAAGCACGCCAACUUGGAAACUUAAGGAAAUUCGCAAACACACACACACACAUGUACGUAAAUACGUAAUCAUAGCAGAAGCUCGCGUCUCACUUUAAAAUCGCCUUCAAUGCACAACACUCGCUAAUAGUGACUGCCAAGCUGAAGUGGGACCUUAGCAGUCGUUCUUUGCGAUUUAUGUUAAGGACAAGUGGCGCCAUUUGUUCAGUGCCUCCAUACUCGAGUCACAACUGGCGACGACAACAACACAAGCACAACAGUAGCCAGUGAGCGUACCACAAAUGCGGUAAGGCGGCACGGCAACGACGGCACAAGCGGUUUGUAAACAAACGCAGCCGCAACGAUUAACAAGGAUUCUUAGUUGCAUUGCCAGCCUCUCAUCUUGGGCUUGGCGUUUGGUACAUCAUACUCGCUACGUCAUAGCAACGUUUACUACGUCAGCAGGAAAAAAUAGUGCCGUAGGUGUUUAGCACAAUAGCACAGACGACGACUACGACAACGAAAAGGGCGACGAGGACGUCGAGGACGUUGAGGACGACUCGGUAUUUGAGGACAGUGACGCUGUGGCAUUCGGCUCGGCAUGGGUGACCUGCAAGCAACAAUUGAAUUUUCCGUUGAGCUCUAUAAAUUCUUCAAUGUUGACUUAUUUCAAAGAGGACUCUAUCAGGUGCGCUGCGGUCUACGUGUUUCUCCACGGCUCCCCGUGCAGGUGGAGACCAGCAUAGCAGACACACCGCAGAACAAUGCACACACGGCGGAAAUACACACACAGGCGCCAGCAACCACAAAUGGUUGCAAUGGUGGCGAUAGCAGUGGCGGUGAUGGCGGCGGCGGCGGCAGCAGCGAUGGCGACGUGUUGCAAGAGCCGCGUGAACAGCAACAGGAUGCAUUGCCAAGCAUGUUGCAGAACGGCGGCAGCCUAUUGUCGGGAUCUGCAUGCAUAAUUAACGGUUGUGGCGCAUCGCGCGUCUUUCAGAUCCUCUACCGGAAUGAGGAAGUGACGCUGCGCGAUGUUAUACACUUUCGCACACACUUGUUGGGUGAGUGA